AUGAUUAGAAGAGAAAACUCAGAUUCCAUCCCGACUGAUCUUGUCAACGAGAUACUCUCGAGAUUGCAUGCAAAGUCAAUCGCGAGGUUUCGUUGCGUGUCGAAGCUAUGGAGCUCCAUGAUUCUCCGUCCAUAUUUCACCGAUUUGUUCCUCACCAGGUCAUCUGCUUGUCCCCAGCGUCUCUUAUUCGCCGUCCAACUAGACGGUGAUGAGUGGUGUUUCUUCACGUCGUCUCAGCCUCAGAAUCCAUAUGAUGAGGAGUCGUCGUCGUCUCUUGUAGUAACCGCGGAUCGUCACAUGAAGUUCCUUGGAGACGAGUGGCUAGAGACUUGUGGUUAUACCUCAGGAUUGAUCUGUUUCUGUCGACAUAAAGCGAUCUCAGAAGUUGAUAAGCAUACAGUAAUAUGUAACCCUAGCACGGGUCAGUACGCAAGCUUACCUAUACCUAAAAAGUGGACAUGUUGGAGACGCUAUUUAGGGUUUGAUCCGAUUGGCAAACAAUUCAAGGUAUCGUCCCUUAGCUGUGGUGAAAAGGGAUACCAGUAUGAAAUUCUAACACUAGGAACUGGAAAAUUUUUGUGGAGGAAGAUCCAUUGUCCCUUCAACCAUUUUCCUGAGCAUCAUUUGCAUAGAGAGAUAUGCAUCAAUGGGUUUUUGUAUUAUUUAGCUGGAUAUCACAAUGAUGAACGAAUAGAUAAACAUCGUUAUCUGGUAGUUUGCUUUGAUGUUAGAUCUGAGAAAUUCAAGUUUAUAUACAGAGAUUUCAUUCUUGAUGGGUUUCUUCCUGAACUGAUCAAUUACAAGGGUAAAUUAGGCGUGUUUACUCGGACGUAUUCUCCUCCUGGUACAAGGAAUUCCAUUAAGUUGUGUUUGUCCGUUUUAAAGGAUGUCGAGAAAUCUGAACCGGAAUGGUCUGAAUAUAGCUACAGUUGUUGGCAGAAUCAAUUCCCUAAAUGCGUUGUUUACGAUUUUUGGGAGUAUCGAAUCGUUGGUGUGACUGCUACAAGUGAAAUUGUUUUUUCGACGGAAGACGCAUCUAGACAGUCUUAUGUUUUUUUCUUCAAUCCCCAAAGGAACACUCUCCUAAGUGUUGAAAUCCAAGGUUUUGGAGCUGGCACUUUUGAGAAACGUAGAAGAAGAGUUCAAGUCUUUCUAAACUAUGUAGAGGAUCUCAAGUUUAUUACUAUGAAGACGACAAAUGCUGUAACACCAAAACAGAAGAGCACAUCAACAACAUCAUCUGAAGCUUACCAGGAACAGGAUGGUCGUAGGUUUGAGAGCAUUAACAAAUUUGAUUCUCUGCGUCUUUUAGAUGAUGAUGAAUUUACUUGA